AUGGACAGUUUAGUGACGUCACCUGAUUCUUGUAAGCUUUGCAGACAUGAUGUGAUUGACAAAAAAGAGGUGAUUAGCAAAUUACCUGAUAGCCUUCUUCAUCACAUUCUUUCUUUUCUCUCAACCAUAGAUGCCAUUCGAACCUCCGUAUUAGCAAGAAGGUGGAAGUUCUUAUGGACAUACUUAUCUGACUUUAAUAUUGAAGUCAUGCUGUCAAGUUCCCAAAAGAACGAAACUCAAAAGCAGAUGAUAAAUUACCUUUUCAAUCAAGUAGACACAAUACUUGAAAAAGCCAAAUUUAUAAAAAAGUUUCGUUUUGUGGCAUAUGGAAUUCCUGUUGAUGUCGACCAAGCUAAUUCUUGGAUCUUUGCUUUGCUAAAGCAUAAAAUUCAGGAGUUGGAGCUGUCCUUAUAUCUAAGAUCUUCCUUUCCGCUAGCCAAUACCUUGCCAGUCCCUACCUCAUUGAGUAUGAUGAAUCUGGAGUUUGGAUGUGUAUUAAAAGUCCCUACUUGCAUCCAUUUCCCAAGCUUGAAGACCCUGACACUUCAAUACAUAACCUUCAUAGACAAAACAUCCGCCCAACAACUUUUCUCUAGCUGCCCAGUCCUCCAAAAGCUGACCUUGUGUAGUUGUGACUGGAAGAAUGUCAGGAAUGUCAGCAUAAAAAUUCCGACCUUGACAACCUUAAUCAUUGAGGACGACUUUAGUCGAGAUGAUUUACUCAAUUGUAAAGUUACAAUCGAUGCCAUAAAUCUUGUUUCUUUAAGUUGCACAAACUAUUUGAGCAUAGAAUUUAUCCUAAUUAACUUAACUACCUUGGCUUAUGCAUACAUUGAUGUCUCAAAUGGCUGUUCAUCCUUGGCACAAUAUGCUAUUUCUCGGGCAGUAGAACUUUUAAGUGGAAUCUGUCAUGUCAAGUCUCUCGUACUCUCAAAAGAUACUCUUGAGAUUCUUUCACGCGCAGAAAAUCUCCUUAUGCGCCUUCCUACAUUCCAUAAUUUGAUUCAUUUUAGUGUGGAUCAAGGAAUGUAUGACUUCACUGGCGGAGCUCUGAUGGACAUUCUUGAAAAGUUUCCUAAUCUGGAAGUUCUUGACAUUGUUGAUGGAUUCGACCCUGAUUUCUGCUUGGAUGGGGAAGCUUGGACGUUGAGCACAGUGCCUCAUUGUUUAAAAUCUAGUCUGAAACUGGUUAGCGUUUGGAAUUUUUUUGGUGAGGUGGCUGAGAUGCAAUUGCUUGGCUUUCUGUUGAAACAUGCGACCAAAUUGAGGAGAAUCAAGAUGUUCUUUGUGGGGUGCUUGUCAGCAGAUUUAAAGAAGCAAGCAGAUAUCAGCAAUCAAUUGCAAGUAAUGCGUAAAGGCUUGGCAAGCUGUGCAGUUGAGUUACGGUAAAGCUGAGCAGAAAUUCUGAAUCAAGGAUUUCCUUUUUUUUUUUUUUUAAUUGGGUGAUUUCAGUGUUCCGGAAUGGACUCAAAUCACUAAAGGGCCUUUAGUCUUGGGCUGUGCUUUUUCUGGGUACUUUCA